AUGACCGGGCUAAGAGACAGAUUGGAUCAGCUGGGCCUCUCCGCGUAUUUCGAGGAGUUGGUGGCUGAGGGGUUCGAUACAUGGGAGACGAUCCUUGAUAUCACGGAGUCAGACCUCAAUGCGCUUGGCUUCAAGCUUGGCCACAGGAGGAAACUCCAGAGAGCCAUUGCAGAAACGAGGCCGCACUAUCCUGACCGAGUUUUACCGCUGAAAUAUGGUGGUGGUGGAGAUGGCGGUUAUCGGAGCGAUGACUCCAGUGAGAUGAGGUCGGUGAAGAGAGGAGAGGCAUCGAGUAAUGCUGCUGCGACGAGCACGAAGCGCAAGUAUCGACGGCACCCCAAGGCGGACGAGCAUGCGCCUGAGAGGCCCCCUUCCGCCUAUGUCAUAUUCUCGAAUCAGAUGCGCGAAGAACUGAAGGGACAGGAGUUGACCUUUACCGAGAUUGCCAAGGUGGUUGGUGAGCGGUGGCAAGUUCUUUCGCCAGAUGCCAGGGAGGGUUACGAGCGGGAAGCGAACACGGCCAAAGAAAAGUAUUAUGCCGAACUGGCAGAGUACAAGAAAACGCCACAAUAUGCCGAGUAUCAGGAGUAUCUGAAAGAGUUCAAAGCCAAGCAUGCAACGACACAGAGCGAGGGCAAACGAUCCAAGCUCGAGACUGAAACAAGCAACGGGUCCACGUCUAAUAACCAGACGGCAGAUUCGAUGCAUCGUACACGAACUACCACGAACAAUCACACUGAUGCAGUUGCUACCAAUCACCGCCGCUCAGGAUCAAGUCCACCUCACACAUACAAUCGGCAAGCUCCACCACCACACAUCAGCAAUACUACUUCUCCAGGAUCCUAUUUUCCGCCUAUACACCAGGUCCCUGAAUACUCGCCGAUAUCAUCAACGCCAUCUCACAUGAAAGAUACACAAAGAGGAACUCCAGCGUCGCAAUCCUUUCCCAGUACAUCCUCGGGAACACCCCCGUCGACCGGACUGUCCCACCGUGAACUCCCUCGGAGAUCGUUUCGGGACUCUCCAAGCCUCCCACCGCUAACACAUGAAGAAACCACGCUUUCAUCAGAUGGUGGUAGCAUAGUGAGUAUGCCAUCACACGUCGAAAAUGCAACGAACUCUGCCACCUGUGUCAACACUAGCGCCUACCGCCGGGCCGUUCCCGUCGAUUCUGACGCAGCCAGCAAAUUUGCGACCCGGAGCUUCAUCGAUCGAAGCCUUGUUACGAGCAGAUGAGCUCACACGCGCAGGAGAGCAUGCGCGACAGGCGAGCAAUGUGCGAUGAGUGUCUGAAUUACUGACGGCGUUUCACGCAAUCACUUAACCACGUAAUCAUUUUGAGCUUUCCAUACGUAUAGAAGCCUGCGCAGGCAGCAAACGGUCUGCAUUUUGAUGAAACCGGAUGACAUUCUCGGUCAUCUCCGAGGGCAUCGUACCGGAAAUGCGACCAUGGACCGUUGUGUGGGCUCAUAACGACGUCAUUGUCUACAAAAGGCGAAGAAUGAAGCACACCUUGUCUAUUAUAGCGGCCAGGUCCAUACAUAUAGCAGUUAAGAAGAAGAGGAUUCGCAUUGGAUCACGCGCAGCACGAUCAGCUGCCCAGAGGCACAGAUGAAAGAGGGGUGGGCAGCCCACUGGAGAACAUGAAUCGCGGUUUGCAUGAACAUGUGGCGAGAUACAGCAUAGGAAA